UAUAAGGAAGUUAUGAAAGACGAGGGUUAAAAACGCUCGAUUCUUCGCGUGAGUUGAAUUUGCCACCUCCAAAAUGACGGGGCUGAAAGUCUGUAUCGUUGGAUCUGGAAACUGGGGCUCCGUCAUUGCCAAAAUCGUUGGCCACAAUGUCAAAGGCUCCAACAGGUUCGACCCAAACGUGAACAUGUGGGUUUUCGAGGAAACGGUCAACGGCAAGAAGCUGUCGGAGAUCAUUAACACGGAGCAUGAGAACGUCAAAUACCUCCCGGGUCACAAGCUGCCCAAAAACGUGGUGGCUGUGCCAGACGUCACCGAAGCAGUGAAGGGAGCCAAAGUGCUGGUCUUUGUCAUCCCACACCAGUUCAUUGGGAGAACCUGCGAGCAGAUAAAACCCCACAUCACCCCGGGAACCAUUGGGAUAUCGCUCAUCAAAGGUAUCGAUGCGGGGCCGGAGGGCUUGAAGCUCAUCUCGGACAUCAUCCGGGAGAAACUGGAGAUCGACGUCAGCGUCCUGAUGGGCGCCAACAUCGCCAGCGAGGUGGCCGAAGAAAAGUUCUGUGAAACCACCAUCGGUGCAAAGGAGGCAAACGGCAUCCUCUUCAAGGAGCUGCUCCAAACUCCAAACUUCCGCAUCACGGUGGUGCAAGACAGCGAGACGGUGGAGCUGUGUGGUGCUCUGAAGAACAUUGUAGCGGUGGGCGCUGGGUUCUGCGAUGGCCUGGGUUUCGGGGACAAUACGAAAGCGGCGGUGAUCCGGCUGGGUCUGAUGGAGAUGGUGGCCUUCGCCAAGAUGUUCUGCAAGAGCCCGGUGAGCUCCACCACGUUCUUGGAGAGCUGCGGAGUGGCCGACCUCAUCACCACCUGCUACGGAGGACGCAACCGCAAGGUGGCCGAGGCCUUCGUCAGAACGAAGAAGUCAAUCGCUGAGCUGGAGGAAGAGAUGCUGAACGGCCAGAAGCUCCAAGGCCCGCAGACCUCCACUGAGGUCUACAAAAUCCUGGAAAAGCAGGGCAUAGCCAACAAGUUCCCAUUGUUUAGUGCAGUCUAUAUGAUCUGCUACAAGGGCAAGGAAGUCCAAAAGUUCAUCUCCUGCCUGCAGAACCAUCCAGAACAUAUGUGACGGGAGCCGGUCUCCAGACAGCCUCACCGUACCGCCUUUAAUACUAUAUUCACCGCAUGUGGGGAACAAACGGGUUUCCUGAAAACGCACAACCGCAAGCCUCAACUCACCUAGCCACCAAACCACAACCUGGGCUGCAUUUGUUUGGGUCUUUGUGAAACUGGACACGGUACCGAGAAUUUCUCCAGCUUCCCAAGCACCGAUUUAAGAGGGAAAUGAGAGCAACACCAUAGACAUACGUUUCUCACAGAAAAAUGAGGAAUCCACAAUUGGGGGGGGGGGGGCACAUUGGGGCGUCCGGGUAGCGUAGCGGUCUAUUCCGUUGCCUACCAACACGAGGAUCGGCGGUUCGAAUCCCCGCGUUACCUCCGGCCUGGUCGGGCGUCCCUACAGACACAAUUGGCCGUGUCUGCGGGUGGGAAGCCGGAUGUGGGUAUGUGUCUGCAGCUCUCUCCGGAUCGGCAGGAGAGGGGGUGGAGCAGUGAGCGGGACGGCUCGAAAGAGUGGGGUAAUGGGACGGACACAAUUGGGGAGAAAAAAAAACGGGGCGGGGGGACACCUCUCAUUUAAUGGCACGAAAGCAAAGCGGCUUAUGGCGCCGCUGAUCAAUACUUUGUUGGGCUGACAAUGCCGAACUUGUCACCGUCCUGAUCGUCGCUGAUCGGUGGGGAGAGAGAGAGAGGGGGGAAAGGUGAUCACAGUAAUUCGGAAAUGAGAUUUCCCUCAUAUGACCUCAUGGUUCUAGCUCUACUUGUAUUUUUUAACACUAAAUCUGAUGUGGGAGAUAUUAGCAACGCUUGGCAAGCUGCGGAAAUUCUCUUUUU